CCUCCUUCUCCCGCAGCCUUCCGAGCGCGGGUCCGGCCGAAGCAGCCGCUCCGAGCUCUCGGGGGAGGCGCGGAGCAAGGGCCCGCGGGCGGCGAGCGGGGUUGGAAACGCGAGCGGGAGUGGCCGAGGAGCCGGCAGUAGCCGCGCGGCGGGCCCGGACCAACGCGGCCGAAGCUCCUGCAAAGUUGGGCGCGCGCUCGCGCCACUGCGCCGGCGGUCCGAGCGAUGAAGAUGGUGGCCCCCUGGACGCGGUUCUACUCCAACAGCUGCUGCCUGUGCUGCCAUGUCCGCACCGGCACCAUCCUGCUUGGCGUCUGGUACCUGAUCAUCAAUGCCGUGGUACUGCUGAUUCUGUUGAGUGCCCUGGCUGAUCCAGAUCAGUAUCACUUUUCAAGUUCUGAACUUGGAGGUGACUUUGAGUUCAUGGACGAUGCCAACAUGUGCAUUGCUAUCGCAAUUUCUCUUCUCAUGAUCCUGAUCUGUGCAAUGGCUACUUAUGGAGCAUACAAGCAACACGCGGCCUGGAUCAUCCCAUUCUUCUGUUACCAGAUCUUUGAUUUUGCCCUGAACGCCUUGGUUGCAGUCACUGUGCUUGUUUAUCCAAACUCCAUCCAGGAAUACAUACGACAGCUGCCUCCUGAUUUUCCUUACAAAGAUGAUAUCAUGUCAGUGAAUCCUACCUGUUUGGUCCUUAUUAUUCUUCUGUUUAUCAGCAUUAUCUUGACUUUUAAGGGUUACUUGAUUAGCUGUGUUUGGAACUGCUACCGAUACAUCAAUGGCAGGAACUCCUCCGACGUCCUGGUUUAUGUUACCAGCAAUGACACUACGGUGCUCUUACCCCCGUACGAUGAUGCCACUGUGAAUGGCGCCACCAAGGAGCCGCCACCGCCUUACGUGUCUGCCUAAGCCUGGCAGUGGGGCGUAGCUGAGAGCGACAGCUUGACUUCCGUACAUCAGAGCAAUAGUUCUUCAAUUUUACUUCUGAGACGAGCUCUCUGAGCUUAUGUGUUGCUGAAAUGCUACAAUUUAAAAUUUUAGAUGUUAAGUUGAGACUCUCUGUAGUUUGAAACGUACGCUUUAGCUAGAGCACUGUGAUAGAGCAACCGUAGAAUUCUUUCUGUGCGGGUGCGGUGGGCUCCCCUAGUCUUUCCUCGGCAUUGAAACUACCCAGCAAUCCGGAUGAACCUUCUGUCCGAGGAGUCCGCUGUACGUGCUGAGCCCCAGAGUUGAAGAAUUUGUGUCACUGUUCUCUCUGUUCCCUCCCUUCUCUUCUGAAAGCGUAAAAUAAAAUCAGAAUUAUACAGUGCUUCUCUUGGGCCAUUCCAGUGUAUAGAACAAACCCUUAGGAGAAGAGGAAUCGUGUAAGGAGUCCACAUAUACACAUAAAUAAAACAAGAAUUUCCUUAGAUCCUUUAUGAUUUAAAUUCAGUGACAAUUUGAGUUCGCCGGUCAAGGAUUUUGUCCACGGGCUAAGUUGAGACCCUUUGUCAAUUCCCGGCAACGAGGACAGUCAGUCGCUACCCCGGCUGCCCUUGUGCACCCACGUCUGGGGUCACGGCGUGGCGUGUUAGAGGGGAACGGGUUGGUACUGUGUGGUAUCAGGAGCUCCCUUUCUCGCAGUUUCCUUCCCAUCCCCGCUCAGAGCCCCCUUUCACUAAGUGUUCUGCCCCAGCCUGACUCAGGGAGGACAUCCAUCAGCCUUUGUCAAGUGGAAUUGCUGAUAGGUAUUUACCCAACAAUCUGAAAAGAGGUUUUCUUCUCUCCCUGCAAGGCACAUCCUACUAUGAACUUCUGAGUAUGCCUUGUCAUCUUUUAAAAUGAGUGUAAAACAGUCUUCGGAAAGACGGGAGGUGGCAGGGGUGCUUUCCUUGUGAAAUGCCCUUAUCUUGACUACCUGAAUUUCAAGGGACUUUUAUAUAUUCACAUGUUCAAAAGUCACAGCUCUCCUGUUUGUUCAUUAUUGAAUGUGCUGUAAAUGAAGCCAUUUGCAAUUAAAGUGAGAUUUGCCCACAUCCAAGAAAACCACCUUUUGACUCUGGUGAUUGUGCCUGGGAACCCUUCUUGCCCACGUGGGGCUGCAUUAGACACACGCGGUUUGGCCUAAGGAGGAGGUUUUAUGGCUUGUCUCACACAUACGUGCUUUUUAAUAUUUCAGUGCUGGUAAAAUCAGAGCAUCUUUAGGCCAAGAGAAAUGGAGAGGAGCGGACAGGAGCUUCCAGCAUUCCUAACCCCGCCUCUGCCAAAGCUCUGCCAGCUCAGCUGCUUCGAAUAGGAUUGCUUUCUGUCCACAGUGCAGUUUUAAUAAGCUGUUCAGAGUUUACUGUGUUCCAAGGGAGAUUAAAAUAAGUGGUUUUGGCUUGUUCCUGAACAGGUAUUUCAGAUAAUUUGGAAAUGUAAAAUAAAAUAAGAGACGAGGGGGAUGACUUUUAUCCCUGAGAA